AUGUCAGAUGAGAGUGGGAUUGGUGGGACAGGAAUAGCAGUGAACCAAGCAUUAAGCGCUGUUAGUGCGUUCGCAGCUUUUCUUCCUUGGUUCGAUGCAGUAAAUAAAGUAAUUGAUGAAAUUUAUGGUAUUUAUGAUGCAGCAGAAUAUAAUAGAAAAACAUGUCGUGUCCUAGUAGAUCAUUAUAUAAAAACAUUUAUAAAACUUCACAGAAUUUUAAAAAAUAUUAAAGAAUUUGUUAAUAAUGUUUCACAACUUAAAGGUCUUUCAAAAUUUUUUUAUGCCAAAGAUAUAAAAUCAAAAUGCCUUUUAUUAAUAGAAGAAUUAGAAGUAACAUGUAAUGAAUUACAAUUUGGUAUUAUUGUUUCGAUGGAGGAUAGAGCCCUUGAACAAAAAAGUUUAUCAGAUGAUGUAAAUAAUAUGACUGAGUUUCUUAAAACAAUCGAGGGUGGUGUCAUAGAUACGAAAAAUCAGCUUAAAGAAAAUACUGAAGUACUUGAAACCGUAAAAGAUCAAAAUGAUGAAAUUAAGAUAGCACUUAACAUAAUUUUUGAGGAAGUUAUUGAAAUUAAAAAGAAAAUGUACAAAAGAGAAAUUUCAUUAGUUGCACCGCAAAUUGAAAUGAAUAGAUUAAGAGAAGAUAACGACCGAACAUCAUUAUCAGAAAACAGAAAAAUAUUUAAACGUUUUUAUGGUGGAAUAGAAGUUGCAUGCAAACGAAUCAGCAUUCCUAAUGAUGAUGAAAAAUGGAAAAUGACCAAAAAUCGUAAUAACGUUUACAAUGCAAAGCUUGCAAAUUUUGAUCUUAGUAGACAAAGAAAUGAAAAUAGUAUUAAAAUUGUAAGCAUUAGUGAGAUAAUUCCUUGGUUAGCACCUGAAAAAAUGGGUUCUGAUCCUAGCCAUAAAGAUAUUAUCAACGGAUAUACAAAAAUAAUUCGAGCAGCUUGGGCGCAUGAAGCAUCUGAACGACCAAGUAUUAAUGUUUUCAAUACCGAACUUUACCAACUAAAUAAAUUAAUUGACAGUAUAGAGGAUUCUAACUACAAUACUGAUGAAAAUAUUCCUACAUCUGAAGAAACGAGCGAUGAUGAGGAUGCUAAUAAUGUCAAAGAGUUCCUGUCAUACUUGAAUAAAGCUGUUAUUAAUGGCAAUCCUUCGGCUUUAUUUAACUAUGGUGAUUUAUUCCUAAAUGGAAAACUUGGUAUUAAAAAGGACGAAGAAAAAGGAAUACG